AUGGAUUUCCUUACUCCUGACAAGAAUGUUUGCAGUUAUGAUUUGCGAGCUAAUGUUAAAAACACUUCGACUAUUCCUCCAGGAUACAUCCCUCCUCUCAUUCGAGGUCUUAGUUUAGAAGAUUCUGUGAAAUCCACGUCAUGGUCCACUUCAAAACACAAGCCACAUUCCUUAUAUCUGGGGAUUAAUCAGGGAUAUAAUGACAAAAGUUCACUGGAUUCCAUUUUCCCGCAACCAAAUACCUUAAAUCAAAGAACCACAACAAACAUAUCGAAGAUAAUAACAAACGAUAAAUCACAUCGAAGUAAAUCUUCAACUGUUCCAAAUGUCAUGAAAAUUGUACGUAAAAGUUAUGAUACACUAGAUGUUGGUAGAAGUCGUUAUGAAAAACAUUUAAAAGUUGAUCCUGAAUUAAUUGCUCAACAAGUCACUUUAAUUGAACUGGAAUACUUUCAAGCAAUCGAAGCAGAUGAAUUUUAUACAUUAAAAUGGAAUAGUAAAGAAAAACUACAAUAUGCUCCAAAUAUUGUUGCUUCUACAAGAUGGUUUAAUCAAAUCAUAUUCUGGGUUCAAAAAGAUAUAUUAAAUGAGAAAAGUUUAUCGAAGCGAACAGAAAUAUUAUCACAUUUUAUACGAAUAGCAAAGAAACUAGUUGAUUUAAAUAAUUUCUCAUCAGGAAUGGCUAUUGUAUCUGCUUUACAUAUGCAAUGUAUUCAUCGAUUAAAUGCUACAUGGUCUAAUUUAUCUUCACGUGAUCGUCAUAUAUUUCGAAAAUUGUCAGAUUUAUUUUCUCAAGAAGAAAAUUUUAUUAAUCUUCGUUCAGCUGUAGAUAAUUCACGUCUUCCAUGUAUACCAUAUUUAGGUGUUUAUCUUUCUGAUUUAACUUUUAUUGAUGUGGCUGCAUCAUCAUCGUAUAGUCGUCGUGAAAAUAGUACAUGGACUAAUCAAGGUAAACAAGAUCGAAUUAAUAAUAUCUUACGGAUUAUUGCAAAUUUUCAACAAUCCAACUAUCCUUUUGUUCGAAAUGAAUCCAUAGCCAGUUAUUUGGAAGCACAACGUUACAUAGAAGAACUUCAACGAUUUAUUGAAGAUGCAAAUUAUAAAUUAUCUAUUCAAUUAGAACCUCCACCUACAUCAUCUCCACCAGAUGUAUCACGUCAAAAUAAUGUCCCACCGAAUUAUUCAUUUUUAAGUAAUAAUGAUAAUAUAUUAAAACCUGUGCCAAUUUAUAAUUGUACAACAAACAUUACUUCCAAUUGUGAUACAAUAACAACAACAACAACUACUACUACUACUACUACUACUACAUUGUCUUCCAUUAAAACUACCACAUUAUCAUUAUCCUGUAAAACUAUAAAUAACAAAACAACAGGAACAAGGCAUACUAACAAAGGUAAUCCAUCUAAUUCAACAGUGAAUCAACUUGAAAAACAAAUCAAAUCCAAUUCAAUAUUAUACGAUUUACUUGAAGCACCAAUUAUACCUCCACCACCUCGUGUUAAACAAACAUAUUCUCAAGAAGAUAUUUCAAUGCCAUCAAGUAUUCAUUGUUUAACAUCAAACCAUUCUGUGGUGAAUUCAAUUCAACGGCCACGAAAACGACCAACUCAUCGAAAACUAGGCAGCUGGGGAGGAUUCGGACUAUUAUUCUGUGAUAAUGAUACAACACCGACUAUUGAUAAAUGA